GUCAACAAAUGUAUUUUGAGGUUACGAGGAGAAGACAUUUGAAAUGUAUCGUUUAAAACUAAUAAAAUUUUUGACACGGCAAGCUACACGAAGUGCAAGAACACAAGAAUCUAACACAUUACACACGACUAAUCGUUAUCAGCAUCUAUUAAGUUGUAAAUUUGCAAAAAAUGCGCAAAUCAAUGACCUAACCUCCAACACAAAAUUAUUCUCACAUGCUGCAAAUAUUACACAAGAAAAAACAGAACAGGAGUUUUUAGUCCGUCUCAAGAAUGAUCCCGACACUUUUGGGGACCCUGAAGAAAGAGAAGAUGUAUAUGCAAAAGAUUUGGAAGAAGAAAAAGAUUGGUCGGAGAAAACAAUCCCACUAGAAAGACUGCGCACAAAACAGUAUGCAGACAUAAUAAAGGCACUUAUCAAACAACGCAAAAUCAAGGAAGCAAUCGAUGUAGUUGAAGUAAAAAUGAUAAAGGAAGACAAGGUGAAACCUGAAAAUUACAUCUACAAUUUAUUACUGGGAGCUUGCGGACGUGUGGGGUACACGAAAAAGGCGUUUUCCAUUUACAACCAGAUGAAAAAACGCGACUUGAAAAUCACGGCGGGUACAUACACAGCCUUGUUCAAUGCAUGUGCGAAUAGUCCAUGGCCAGAAGACGGCCUAACAAGAGCCCGAAAAUUGCAAAGCAUAAUGAUUGAAAAAAUGUAUCAGCCAAAUGAAACAAAUUAUCAUGCGAUGAUUAAAGCAUUCGGACGAUGUGGAGAUCUUCCAACAGCGUUUAGUUUAGUCGACGAAAUGGCGUCGAAAAAGGUGAAAAUAAACGGCGACACAAUGAACUUCCUGUUGCAAGCGUGCAUCCAAGACAAGGUUGCAGGUUUUCGUCACGCUUUAUUACUUUGGCGAAAAAUGGUGGACAAGCGAAUUGCCCCAAAUUUGUACACCUACAACUUAAUGUUAAGAUGUAUUAGGGAUUGUGGAAUUGGUAAUUUGGAUGUUAUGAACGACACGUUGCAGUUAAUUUUGAAAAAAGAUUUGCGUUUAAACGGCGGUAAUAAUAAAUUGUUACUGGAGGGCUCAAAUGAUGGCAAAUAUGUGAUUCAGAAUCAACUCCAAUUAAAGACUGAUGAAGAAAAUAAUGAGUUAUUGUUAAACGAGAAUUCUUUAGUAGUGAAUCAAGUCGAACAAUGCCGCCCAAAUCUCAUGGCAAGAGUGCCUCAUUUAGGAAAUAUUAUUUCCUUGUCUGAAGUUACUAAACCCGAAGAUAGGUUGCUGCUAGUUGGGGGUUUGAGGGGUUUUUUGAGUAACAUGUCGGAGAAACGUUGCACUCCUGAUAUUAAGUCGUUUACGCAACUUUUGGAUUGCUUACCUGGAAGUGUUGCGGCUGAAAAAGAGCUCUUACGUGAAAUGAAACAACAUGAUGUUAAGCCGGAUAUUGAUUUUUUCAACAUGUUAAUUAAGAAGAGGAGUAUGAGAUUUGAUUAUGAAAAUGCAAAGGCCGUUUUGGACGAUAUGAAGAAACACAACUAUAGACCAGAUUUGAUAACGUAUGGGGUCUUAUCACUGGGUUGUAAAACCAAGGACGAGGCUUUAGAAUUACUGAGGGACAUGGAGGCACACGCAUAUAGGCUAAAUACUGAAAUUUUGGGCGCGAUGCUACACCAAGCUUGUUACCACAGAAACUUCCCCUAUGUCCUUGAAAUAAUGGAAAUUAGCUUAAGAGAGAACGUGAAGCCUAAUAAGAAAUUCAUGGAAUGUUUGCACGAUUUUAAAAAGAAGUGUAAAGAUAUCUCAAAUGAUAAGGAAAAUAAAUUAUCGCAAAGUGCUCCUUUCCAAAAAGGAUUUAGAAUAUUCCAAAUGAGGUACAAAACGUGGUUGGACCAAGUUGAAGUUGAUGAUAGUGAAGACGUCCAUCCUUGGGCACAGUUCAGAGACACAAGUAGAACAGACAGUAGGCAUUACAAGGAUAAAUCUCAGAGGUUUAAAGCUAGACAUUUGUCAAAGUUUAAAGUUAAGACAUCUACAAAACGUAAAUAAAGUAGACAUAAAAUUGUACCUUGGGCUAUUUCUUCAGACAUGUUGAAAUAAAAUUAUGUGAUCAAGUCACGGAGCUGUGUUCAAAAUAUGGUAGCACUAAGGUAUAUUGUCACGUGUUAUCAUAUACUGAAUACAUAAAUCAGUAAAGCGCAUGAGUAAUUUUCAUUAUGAAUUUUAUCAAGUACUCAUUAGAUUAUUUUGGUAUGGAAGUACGAGGAUGCGGCGUAAAAUUACCGGCCUAAAAAGGGAGACAGUAAUCUAAUGCAAUGUUUUUAUUUAUCAAGAUGUUAUCAACUUAACGUUUAGUUAGAAACAAUUCAAAACCCACCGCAACAACUGACCCUUGUUACUCGACUAUAAUUUGUAUUACUUUUAAUCGACAGUCUUGCAAUGUUAUUUUUUUCUCUUUGAAUGAAAGAGAAAUUUCUUUAGUGUCUAGUGUGCACAAUAAUUAUAAAACUCAAUUAGAACAAUUUAGAAUUGUUACAAGAAAAACUACCUGACGAAACUUUAUAAAAUUUUAUAGUCACACUGGAAAAAGCAUAUUAUUCAAUGAAUCUAUAGAUAUUUUUGGUAAAAACUAACUUAUAUUAUGCCAGGAAUUAUUCAUCCCAUCCUCGAAUUAUGAAUUUAUAAAAAUUAAAUAAAAAUCAAAUGAAAAUUUGCAGUUUGAUUACGGCACUUGGACCUCUAAACCAAUAGAAAGUGUUUUCCACAAUU